AUGCAACAAUUUAUUGUAUUCUCAUCGCUCGUCAUUUUAGCAAUCAGUCAGGAAACGUUUAAAUGUCAAAAUGGUGAAGUCUCGAAAAUUCCAUGUAAAAGUGGAUUCUUGGGGCGAAAGUCGUGUGAAGACACCACGAAAACUUGUGAAGGUGGCAAAUUUUGCUGCUCUGCGCCUUUAAAAACCACCAAGCCGCCACGUGGCGCCUCAAAGACGACGUCAGCCGCCACUUCGAGUCCAGCUUGUGAUGGAUGCGACGUCGUCACAAGACACCGAUGCUUCCUCUCAAUGCAUAGCUACGAGACCAACACAACAAUUUCUCCUUCUUCAGAAUGCCUUAAAUGUCAGAAUUGUUGUGCCGACGCAUUUCCCGAUCGAUGUGCGGUUUGGAAGAACAAAAAGUUUUGCGAGCUGGAAUGGUAUUCGAACGAUAAACGAAAAAUUCUGUGCGGAAAAACUUGUGGAUUAUGCUAA